AUGAAGUUCACUUUCUACUUCCAUGCUUUAGGGCUUCUGGGCCUAAGUGAGGUAGCUUUCGCCGUCGUUGCAGCAGCCUCCUCCUCGGUCAAAAUCAACACUGGUGCGAAGUUGCAACAUGUAGAUGGCUUCGGAUUCUCCCAGGCCUUCACGCGUGCAGGUCAAUUCCAAGCUGCUGAUCCCGCGAUCCAGAAGCAGGCUCUUGACCUUCUCUUUAGCAAGGAAAGUGGCGCAGGAUUCAGCAUCAUCCGCAAUUGGAUACCAUCUUCCUUCAACUACACCAUCGAGCCCAACAGCCCUGGCUCGGCCUCCGCUCCUCCCCAGUACCGGUGGGACGGUUGGGACGAGGGACAGCUUUGGUUUACCAAGCAAGCUGUCAGCUAUGGAGUCAAAACAAUCUACGCCGAUGCAUGGAGUGCACCGGGGUUCAUGAAAACCAGUGGGAAUGAGGCAACUGCUGGUUAUCUGUGCGGAACUCCAGGUCAUUACUGUGCGACAGGAGACUGGAGACAAGCCUAUGCCGACUACCUCGUUCAAUAUGUCAAGUUUUAUGGGAAUGAGGGACUUCAUAUCACCCAUCUCGGCUUCUUGAACGAGCCUGACUACCAGCCAAGCUACUCGCAAAUGCAAAUCAGUCCCAACGCGUCAGAAGCCAUUUCCUUUAUUCCAGUUCUCCGCAAAACCGUUGAUACCGCGAAGUUGGAUGUGAGCAUCACCUGCUGCGAUGCCACCGGCUGGGACAAACAAUCUAGCUACACCAAUGCCCUGGUAGCAGCCGGUAUGGAACGCGACCUCGGUGUUAUUACUGCCCAUAUGUACUCGAGCGAUGCGACCUACCCUCUCAACACCUCUCUUCCGACAUGGCUUUCCGAGGCUGGUGUCGAAACCAAUGUCGGUGGCUUUGUCCCUACAUGGUACAAUACCGGCGCGCUCAACGAAGGCCUAUCCUGGGCCAGCAAGAUCGCCAAAGGAUUUGUCGAUGCCGGCCUGAAUGCUUAUCUUUACUGGGAAGGCUUCGAGAUUGCCCAGCAGCAGUCCGCAAGCCAUCUUCUCGACACUACCGGCACCAAUAAUACAGUCGUACUGCAAUCGGGGAUCUUUCAUGCUUUCAGCAUGUGGUCUCGCUUUGUUCGACCGGGAGCGCACCGUGUCGAGACAUCAGGGGGUUCCAAUCUGGCCAAUGUGAUUACGGCUGCCUUUCAGAACCAAGAUAAGUCCGUGGUGGUGAUUUUCACAAACACUGGCUCUGCGGACCAGCCAACUGAUCUUGUGGUUCCUGACCACAAGGCUGGAGGCAGUGCAAAGGCUUGGCUGACCGACAACACGCACAAGGUGGAACGAACUAGUGUCGGUCGCGUUCGUGGUGGUUCCAUUCAAGUGACCAUCCCCGCCCACAGUGUGGUCACUGUCAAGUUCCCUUAA